GAGGCUCCAUAAAGCUGGUGGGGGCGGGCGGAAAGGGAGGUCAGUAAUGGACUCCUCUUCCUCGCUGGAGGAGUGGAAAUGGCUCCUUUGCAGCUUUGAGCAGGAUGAAAGGGCUUCCAGUUACGGACUUCAAGAAAGUAUCUCUGGAGGCUCUGAUUCAGGCGCAGGUUGCCUCUUCCUGUGAGAUUUGAAGGUUGGCUUCAACUUGGCUCGCCCCCCGUCGGAGGAAAAUGACUACAGAUUAUGAAUCCUCGUCAGCCUUUGGUCUCCAGUUUCAGGAUGCGCAGAUGGGACUUAAAAGGGAGACCCAGGAGGAGCUGUCAGCUCCCCCCCAGCCGGGAUCAGAGGAAAUGGGAGAAGCUCUUCGGCGUCAGUGGACAGCCCUAUCUGUUAAAGCAGAACCAGAUGUGGGUCUCUGGUCCCACCAAUAUGAAGCUCAGUUGCAGGAGUUCAUGAAGACAAAUCGGGCCCCUUGCUCCGGACAGGGAAUCCCACCUCUGCCAGAAACUGUUCUCUGCGUUGAUGCUAAAGUAGUUGCAGCAGAGCAAUUGGCCCAAAUCCUGCCGUGCGCUCAGAAACCGAGUCAACAGGACUCCAUGGUGCAAGGAGGAGGCCACAAGAGAGAAAGACAUGAUAUCCUGAGCGAGGAGGUCGCCGUCAGCUCAGAUGUACCCUGCCAACACUUUAGGCAGCUCAGGUACCGGGAGGCCGAAGGCCCCAGAGAGGUUUGCAGCCAGCUACGGGAUCUUUGCCACCGGUGGCUGAAGCCGGAGAGGCACACCAAGGAGCAGAUCCUGGAGCUGGUGAUCCUGGAGCAGUUCCUGACCGUCCUCCCUCAGGAAAUGGAGAGCUGGGUGAAGGAGCAUGGCCCGGAGACCUGCUCCCAGGCAGUAGACCUGGCAGAGGAUUUCCUGCUGAGGCAGCAAGAUGCUAAGAAAGAGGAAGAACAGGAGCACUUUCACGUGAUCACAGUCAGCUUCCCUGACGAUGAACAGGCUUUGUUGGAAACCUCACAGAGCCAGUCCCACAGGGAGAUCAAGCAGGAGGAUGAAAGGGAUUCCAGCUCCCCAACAGGUGACGAAGACAUGAAUGGGGUGCAUUUGGAGAAGGCUGAGCUUCGAAAGCUGAAGAAAAGCUCAGGAGACCAACGUGGAUCAAACAAGCGGAAAGAAAGAACGACGCAGAGGCGGAGAGAGAACUCUGUACUUCCUCAGGCAGGUGGCAUUGGAGGUCAACCGAGAAUCCCCACAGGAGAGAGCAGGGACGUGCCCGCCGUGUGUGAGGAAAGCUCGAGUGAUGCCACAGGCCACGAUGCGUUCUUAGGAGACGAGCCUUAUACCUGCUCCGCCUGCGGGAAAGCCUUCCGUCUCAAGUCAAGCCUCAAAAGACACUGGAGAAGCCACACGGGCGAGAAGCCGUAUACCUGCUUAGAUUGCGGGCGGAGCUUCAGCUGGAGGAGCAGCCUCACCACACAUCAGAGAACCCACAUGAGCGAAAAGCAGUACAAAUGCUCCAAGUGCGAGAAGACCUUCCGCUGGAGCCAGAACCUCACGAGGCACUGGAGCAUCCACACCGGGGAGAAGCCGUACAAGUGCUCCGACUGCGGGAGCAGCUUCAACCGGAGCCAGAACCUCAUCACUCAUCGGAGAAUCCACACGGGAGAGAAGCCGUACAAGUGCUUGGAUUGCGGGAGCACCUUCAACCGGAGCCAGAGCCUGAUCACGCACCAGAAAACGCACGCGGGAGAGAAGCUGUACAUCUGCUCAGACUGCGGGAAGACCUUCAACCGGAGCCAGAGCCUCAUUGCUCAUCAGAGACUCCACACAGGGGAGAAACUCUACAUGCUCCGGAUGAAAGGAGAGCUUGCGGGGAAAAUGCAGCCUUCUCAGACACGGGUGGAUUCGCACACUGCGGACAUGAUAUAGUAGGGUUGCCAUAUUCCAAAAAGCGAAAAUCCAGACACAGAUGUUGUUGAGCAAGAUCUCCCCGCAAAAAAAGAGAAUGUUUUAAAGCUAUUUUUUUUUAGCAAAUUUGCCAAAAAACAACAACACUGCUGAUUCGAGCUGCCACGUGUCCUGAUUUUUCUGGACAUUUUAACUGAUUUUUGAAAAUUCUGCCCGGAUGCUAUUUUCAAAAGACAAAUCUUGGGAAAUUUCGUAUGUAUGACAGCCCAAUGAUAUAGGCGCUCACAGCCGAGGGGGAAAGAUGGGUUUGAGUUCCACCCCUUGUUUAGAUAGGUACAAGGACACAGUGGGAAAUGAGUGCCAGAAAUGUUCAUUUAAGUCAGGGUUUCUGAUGUGUCAGCCUGAGGGUGCUGGUAUACCCACCGGGAUCUCCUGUGGUGCCUGCAAAAGUUCUCUGUAAAUAUCCCCUCAAAAAUCCACAAUGCACAAAAGACUCUUUGCUCUUCCUACUCAGUUCCUGUUUGUACUGACUCCGCCUCUCCUGCAGUGAACACACCCCCUUUCAAUAUGCCCAAGUUCCAUUGGACGCCAGGACUGGAUGCCCGCCUUCCCUUCCAUUCUGAACAGGAGAGAGGUGCAAAGAUCGGGCAGCUGACGUGGAGGCAUGCUUCCAUCAUUUGGCGAUCCUGUCUCUCCUCCUCCCAAUGCUGUUAGAUGUGGCAUUUGUGUGUGUGUGUGUGUGUUAUAGCAAACCCUCCUGCAUGCAGCAUUUUCUCUAAAAGUCAAGGACUCUGUGCAAACCUCUCCUUCUGUUGAGUGAUCAAGGCCAGUGAAUGAGGACUUGCUAAGCUUGUGUAGCAUAGUGGACACGGGUUCAAAUUUUGGGAUGGGGAGGCCCUCUUCGAGAUGUCACAUUGACAGCGAACACUACUUAGCAGAGCCCGACCUCACACAAACACCCCUCCCCAAAUAUGAGUGCAGUAUGCUGGAAAUAAAACUGUUGUAUGUUAGUUAAAAUAAUAAAUUGGAUCAUCCCUGAAAGCUGAA